AUGCAAUUCAAACUCUCUACUGCCGUGCUCGCCACCCUCAUCGGCGUGGCCAUCUCGGGCCCCCUCGUGGUGCGCGACACUGCCACGAUCCUCACUGACCUAAAGACCAUCGACACCGACAUCAACACCCUCACCGCGGACUUCAACGCCUUCACCGGCGACCUGUCCCAGGCACUAGCCACCCAGGUCGUCGAGCAGCAGCUGGAGAGCGACAUCGACAAGGCCACGACCGACGCAAAGGCCACUUCGGCCUUGUCGACCGCUGACAGCACCAGCGUCACCAACGCUCUUCUGGGCCUGAAGCCUGAUAUCAUCACGUCGCUGAAUGCGAUUGUUGCCAAGAAAACCCAAGUUACCUCCGCCGGCGUGGGCAGUCUCGUCCUCUCCGACUUGCAGGCCCUGAAGAGCAAGACGGAUAGCCUCUCGGCUGCUAUCCAGGCUAUUGCCACUGCGACUGACAAGACGUCUAUUGCCUCUGGUACCGCGGACAUUGAUGCUGCGUUUUCUAGCGCCAUUGCUGUCUUCUCUUGA